GAUUUAAUUACUAAAGGGUUGACAUCCAAGUUGGAGGGAAACUGUUAUAAAUAUGGCCUAAAGCUUCCCCUUCUAAUCCAACCAACAUAAAACUCUCUUAUCAACUUCAUCACCUUAAUCCAUCUCUCUCUCUAUCUCUGAAAACACUGUUUUCCCUUUGGGCUGAUUCAGUUUCCAAUGGCAAUCCCCAUUAUUGACUUCUCAAAGCUUAAUGGAGAAGAAAGAGCCAAUACAUUGGCUCAGAUAGCCAAUGGCUGUGAAGAAUGGGGAUUCUUUCAGCUGGUGAACCAUGGGAUUCCUGAGGAACUCUUGGAGAGGGUGAAGAGGGUGUGUUCAGAGUGCUACAAGCUGGAAAGAGAAGAGAGUUUCAAGAGUUCAAAACCUGUGAAGCUUCUGAAUGAUUUGCUGGAAAACAAGAGCGGUGAGAAGCUGGAGAAUCUUGAUUGGGAAGAUGUCUUCCUUCUCCAUGACGAAAACGACUGGCCCUCCAACAUUCCUGGAUUCAAGGAAACCAUGGCAGAGUACAGAUCGGAGCUGAAGAAGCUAGCAAAAAAGGUGAUGGCAGUGAUGGAUGAGAACUUAGGUUUACCUGAGGGAUACAUAAACGCUGCCUUCAAUGGUGGCGAAGGGCUGGAGAAAGCCUUCUUUGGCACCAAAGUCAGCCACUACCCACCAUGCCCACACCCAGAGCUGGUGAACGGCCUCCGUGCACACACUGAUGCUGGCGGUGUCAUCUUGCUCUUCCAAGACGACCAGGUGGGAGGCCUUCAGAUCCUGAAAGAUGGGCAGUGGAUAGAUGUGCAGCCAUUACCCAACUCCAUAGUCAUCAACACAGGUGACCAGAUUGAGGUCCUGAGCAAUGGAAGAUACAAAAGUGUCUGGCACCGGGUUUUGGCCAUCCCAAAUGGGAACAGGAGAUCAAUUGCUUCAUUUUACAACCCAUCAAUGGAAGCCACCAUAGCUCCUGCAGCACAGCUGGUGGAUAAAGCAAACCAGGAGGUGGAACAAAGAUAUCCCAAGUUUGUGUUCGGAGACUACAUGUCGGUUUAUGCUGAACAGAAGUUCCUCCCAAAGGAACCAAGGUUCCAAUCUGUGAGGGCAAUGUGAGGGACAUUAAUCAAAAGGAGAUAUUGAUAGACUUCACUCUCCUGAUGGCCUUUAUCCAAAGGGUUUUCAUGUAGUAGUGACUAAGAUUUGAAUAAUGCAACUUUUUCUCCCCCCCUCCCCCAAAAAAAAUAGCCACCCUCCUUUGGGUCGUGUGUGUUUCUUUUAGUAAUUUGCUUUUAUUUCUCCAUUUGUUUCGUGUUGUGUGUUGUGUAAUGUGUCCAAAGGACCUAUAUUAAGUAAUGUUUUCCAAUACUAUCAUUAUCUUACACACA